GAAACCACGAGUACUACCACGGCAACGUCGAGGAGUGGUUCACGUUCCUGCGCGGCUGCAACAUCAAGGUGCUGCACAACGAGAACUUCCGAUUGACGACUGGGAAGGGUGAAUCAGUGUGCAUGGCCGGCAUUGAUGAUCUAAUCACGUUGAAGCUACAUAUGCACGGCCAUCAGAUGAACCCCAGAAAAGCGCUGGCGGGUUGCCAGAAAUCCGAUCUCGUCGUUUUGCUUGCCCAUCAGCCAAACGCGGCCCGAUACGUGUUGUCGGACCCGGCGACAAAUGGAAAUGUUGACGUCGUGCUAUCUGGCCAUACCCACAACGGUCAGUUCAUCUUCUUUGUGCCGUUCGUCCACCUGGCAAACGCGUGGACCCACGGGCUGUACUGGAAUGUCCCCACCAACACCCAUAUCCUCGUCUCGGCCGGUGUCGACUUCUUCGGCCCGCCAGUUCGAACUUCCGGCUACUGCGAGGUGGUCCGGUUGACGAUUGCUGGAAAGUCA